AUGAGGGCUGUUGGUUUGCUGCUGCUGCUGCUGGCUCUUUGUGGGUCAGGAGCUCAGGGGGAGCUUCAGGAGACGGCUCUGACAGAUGCAGCUGAGGAACUGACAGAGCAGACCACAAAGCAAACCACACCUGACAUCUGGGCGGAGGUGAGGGCUCUGAGAGACAUGGUGGUGGAGCUCAAGGUGGAGCUGAGGAACGUGCAGGUCGCAGUGAAGGACAGCGAGAGCCAGGUGGAUGAACUGAAAGCUUUGCUGACUGUCACCAACAUGCAGGUGGAGCUGCUGCAGAGAGAGAACUCAGACUUGCAGACCAGACUGAGGAGCAGCGAGGAUGAACUUCUCAUCAGCAAGUCCAGGAUCGAGCAGCUCGAGAGAGAAAAUGCAGAGAGAAAGGUGGCCUUUUACGCAGCUCUGACUGAUGACGGAUAUGUUGGACCAUUCAACACAGACAUCACACUGAAAUACAGCAAAGUCUUCACCAACAUCGGCGAUGCUUACAAUCCAUCCACAGGUUUCUUCACAGCACCAGUCAGAGGGGUCUACUACUUCCAGUUCACUAUGGCUGGUGGCCAUGCAGGUUGGAUGGGUGUCUCUGUGUACAAGAACAACCAGAGGAUCAUGUAUAAUACUGAGUAUAAAAAAGAGGGAGUUGUUGAAUAUUUCACUAACUCUGUUGUCUUGGAGCUGAUGGCAGGAGAUGAAAUCCACCUCGUUCUCCCAUCAGGCUUUGCCCUCUAUGACAAUAACAACAACCGCAACACCUUCAGUGGCUCCCUCCUCUUCACACUGUGA